GACGCGUAUUUAGAUAAAUUUUUUGAUCUCUUCCACAAUAUUACGAAUGGCAAUCGUCCAAUCAACGACGCGGAAAUGCAGAACAUUAUUCGGAACCUCACUAAGGCGAAACCUGAACCAUUGGUGAAGUUUUUAUACGUAAUUCUGGAUAAGCUGAUUACGUUAAUGAUUUUGAAACCUCCUCGAAACUGUCAGAUCGGUAAGGAGUACAUAUCUGCCGGACAAGUCUGUUUCGAAAUGUUAGCUCAGCUGGUCAAGAUCAUAACCCUUCUAGUGGAUACGUGUUGUGACAUACACGGCAGAAGUGGGCUUCUUACGGCGUUCAUUCGCUACAGCCGUUUAUUUAGCCGAAAUUUCGACUCUGUAUCCCGGGGCUAUAAUUCGUCGAAAGUAAACUCGAUGUGUGAAAUUCGAAGCGGGCAGCCGGCUGACGGCUCGACACAUGCAUCUCGCUCUCCUAGUCACGUCGAUCUGAUCGAUAUUAUCCGAGGAUUCGAACAGGCUUCUUCUUUCCGCGUCCCUCCUGAAGUGGACACGUUUCAAGGUACACUUCCUGCGAAUAGUAAACUUUUGCACGAAGAAAUAGUAAUCCAGUGGAUAGUAAGUACCGGUUCUGCGAGAGAGAUGGCUUUCACUAAUUCCUGGUUUUUCUUGGAACUCUUAUCUAAAAGUAUGGCCGAGUAUUUGGCUGUCAGCAGAAGGUUGUACUUGCCUCGAAAGAUGCGAUUCAGCAACCAGUUAACCGAUGAUAUCAUUACAUUGGUCACGGCUAUUAUAUCGGAAACCGUGGUUAGGUGCUCGAAAGAUUUUCGCAUAGCGCAGAAUAUUAACUGCAGUCUCGCGUUCUUUGUGCGUGACAUGUUCUCAUUGAUGAACCGAACCUAUGUCUUCCAGCUGAUUCGGCUAUACUGCCGCGACGUGAUGAACAAGGUGGUGCAUGGCGCAGAGGCCGCGCAGUUACUAUCGUUGAAGCUCGAUUUCUUGAGAAUAAUAGCUUCUCAUGAGCACUUUGUCACUCUGAAUCUACCAAUGGCCUCUCCGCCGUUUCCCGUCUCUUCCUCGCUUGCAGUAGACGUUGCCGUUGCACGUGCCCUUCCCGGCAUGCAGCCGCCAUCGCCCUCAUCUAGCAGUGUCUCGUCUCGUUCGUCAGCUGGUUCCGCGGCGCUCAGUACUACCACUACAGGCAGCAGUGUGGGUGCUGCGGAACUGACCGCUGAGUUCCGAGCCCUUCACUUCCUUUGUGGUCUGCUGUUGACUGAUGUCGCCCUGAUCUUGGAGACUAACAGUUCAUACCUACACUCAAAGGCGGUCAACAUCGUUCGCAACGUGUUCUCCUGUCACGACGCUGACCCGCGUCUUUCUACGAAGCCCAUCAAAGCAAAGAUAGCCGCGCUCUACUUUCCAUUCCUCGGCAUCGUUUUGGAUUCUGUCGUUCAACUGUAUGACCCAUACUGUGGCCGCCCAAAGAACGACUAUGCAUUUCCUGCUGAUUCGAAGCCGAUGUUUACAUACACCAACGAAAGCAGUUUUUCAAGAAAUACUGCAAUGGUAUAA